UUACUUAAUUAGCAUCUUUUAAGACAGAGACCGAGAGAGAGAGAGAGAUUUAGACGUAAAAAUCGGGAAAAAUGCAGUACAAGAAUCUGGGGAAAUCGGGAUUGAAAGUGAGCACGCUCUCGUUCGGAGCGUGGGUGACAUUCGGGAACCAGCUGGACGUGAAAGAAGCCAAAUCGAUUCUCCAGUGCUGCCGUGAUCACGGGGUCAACUUCUUCGACAACGCCGAGGUCUACGCCAAUGGCCGAGCCGAGGAGAUUAUGGGCCAGGCGAUUCGCGAGCUGGGAUGGCGCAGAUCCGACGUCGUCGUCUCCACCAAGAUCUUCUGGGGUGGCCCUGGUCCUAACGACAAAGGUUUGUCGAGGAAACAUAUCGUCGAAGGAACCAAAGCUUCUCUCAAACGACUCGAUAUGGACUACGUCGAUGUCCUCUAUUGCCACAGGCCUGAUGCUUCAACACCUAUUGAGGAGACAGUGAGGGCGAUGAACUACGUGAUUGAUAAGGGUUGGGCGUUCUACUGGGGAACAAGUGAAUGGUCGGCUCAACAAAUCACAGAGGCAUGGGGAGCUGCUGAGAGGUUGGAUUUGGUCGGUCCAGUCGUCGAACAGCCUGAGUACAACAUGUUUGCUAGGCACAAAGUUGAAUCAGAGUUUCUUCCUCUGUACACCAACCAUGGCAUAGGUCUCACUACUUGGAGCCCACUCGCAUCUGGUGUGCUCACUGGUAAAUACAACAAGGGAUCUAUUCCCUCUGACAGCCGAUUUGCAUUGGAGAACUACAAAAACCUUGCCAAUAGAUCACUUGUGGAUGACGUGCUGAAGAAAGUCAGCGGUCUCAAACCGAUUGCAGAUGAGCUAGGUGUAACCUUGGCUCAGCUUGCAAUCGCGUGGUGUGCUUCAAAUCCUAACGUGUCAUCCGUUAUCACCGGUGCCACAAGGGAGUCACAGAUUCAAGAAAACAUGAAGGCUGUUGAUGUGAUCCCGUUGUUGACGCCACAUGUUCUGGACAAGAUCGAGCAAGUGAUACAGAGCAAACCUAAACGUCCUGAAUCAUACCGGUAGAAACCACAAUCCUGAGAUCAUUUGAAGGCUGUGUGAUGGUUGUUCUUGGAAGUUGCCACGUGUUGUUGUCUUUGUUGUAUGCAUUUUAAGACUCAGAGACAGAGAGAGUACUAAUGUGUUGUUUUCUAGUUUUGUUGGUUCCACAUUUAAAACGGUUCUAUUGUUAGUGAAAACUUAAAAAGUUGGUUCU